CUUUGUUCUGCCAAAGUCGCAGCGAAGCAACUUGCAAGAUGUCGAGGGAAUCUGAGCCAUUGUGGCCAUCCGGGGUGGUCCCUCUUGGAGCAGAUGACCCGGAGGAGCAAGAGCACCUGGAGGCAUGGUGCCGUCAAUUCGUUGAAGAGCUCGCCGGAUCUGGGUCUGACGUUGAAGCCUCUGCAAUCGAGCCGCUGCGACAGAUGGCACCGCAUGCGGCACCUCGUUCCCUAAGGGAAGCACGUCUCUUGAUGGACCAUGGCGACAGAGAGGUCAUGCAGAAAUGUUGCGCAGAGACGUUUCGCAUAAAGGCACUUGCAGCUGGCGCUAUGCUGAUGACUGUCACCCUGGCAGCCUGGUUUCUCUUCAAGGGUGCUACUUUCACCUCUGGUCAGGCGCAUCCCAGCUUGGAACUAGCUCAGCAACGUUGGCAGUCCGAGUAUGGAGCCAGGAGAGGGAUCUCGGACGAAUCCACUGCUGCAGGGCGACGGAUAAAGCCGUGGGCUCAACGGAGCCAAAACUAUUUCAUUAUCAUUGGUGACUGGGGCAAGGCUGGUGGGCCCGGAAGUUGUCAGUAUGCCGUGGCUGGGAAGUUGCAGCGCUUUGUGAAAGCACAGAAACAGGCCGGAAAGCAUUUGCUGUUCAUCGCAUCUGUUGGUGACAAUUUCUACUGGACUGGUGUCACUCCAAAGGCCUGGAGGGAAGACUGGGAGGUGCCAUAUGGUCCAAACAAUGUCACUUCAGCACUUUAUCAGGUUCCAUGGCUCGCGGUCUAUGGGAAUCAUGACUUUGGUGAACAUGACCCUUAUGCUAUCUGUCCACAUGUCUACCCAAUUGGCUUGAUCAACAAGCAGGCAUAUUCGGGGAAUCAGUUGAAUCAGGACCGCAAUCCGAAUCGGCCGGACAGCACCAAGUCCUUUUGGAUGCCGGACUACAACUACCACUAUGAAAUUCCCGAAGCAGACUUGGAGGUCAUAGCCGUGGACACCAAUGGGAAAAUGGAUCCAAACCUCAUUGCAGGCAAUGCGAAAGCCCGCGGGAUCGCCGAUGACGUGUGUGGAGGCCGCUCGGUCACAGAGAGUUUCCUGAAAGCGGUGGCAAAGGCAGGCGAUGACCUUGUAGUCGAGCGGGCCAAAAAGAGCACAGCUAGCACUGUACUUAUUAUUCAGCAUUAUCCUGGCCUAUGUCCACGAGCUUUGUUUGAGAAUGCCUUGACCCCUGAACGCCGUGCGAAGGUGAGGCUUAUUUGCGCCUACGGGCACGUCCACAGCCAGCGCUGUGAUGUGAAAAUCAAUGGCCAGUGUAUGGAUGUCCUGUCCGGUGGUGGAGGAGGUUGUUGUGGCCCCAUGGUCAACCUGGCGGGCUUCACUGCUGUUCAUUUAGACGACAUGGGCGGAGCUCACGUGGACGUGGAAAGUCCAGAGGUGCGCAUGGCAAAGGACACAUGCAAACGGUGAGCCGUGCGCCAUGUCAGCUUCUCGAUCUUCUCGAGGAUUUGACCAUGAUGAAUCUGAUGAUCGUUUACCUGCGGAAACAGUAU